AUGAAUAAAGGUGGGAACUACGGCACGCUCAAGGGGCGCAUGCGCGGCGAACCCUCCCCGCUCAUACACUCCCCCCUCCUCCUAAUAAGGGUCAGAGGUCGCACAGUCUCCGCCUGGCUGCCGGGCACGCUCUGCUCGCCGGCAGCAGGAGGCACCCCGGGUGCACGCGACGAGCGACAUGCUGUGAUGGGGUGCGGCGCCUCCAGUCGCGCGACCGUGGCGCCGGAGGCGGCGGAGGCGGCGGGGGCGGCGGGGGCGGCGGCGGACAACGGCGACCUGCGCCUCGCGAGUGCCGGCGCGGACAGUCCGCCGCCGGCACCCAGAGACACCCCCGCCCCCAGGGGCGGGCCCCUGGAGGAGGCGGCUCCCGCCCCCAGCCCGGCGUCGCCUCGGCGGCCGCCAGGGCCGCCGACGGCGUUCGAGGUGCCGGUGCUGGAGGAGAGCCUCAUCAAGAAGCACCCGCCGCGCCGCUUCCAGCGCCUGGAGGAGCAGCAGCUGUCCAGCCCGCUGUCGCUGGAGCUGCUGGAGGAGCGCCAGGCCGUGGCGCGUCACCGCAGGAUCCAGAUCCUGAACCAGCGCGUGCUGUCAGCCAAGCUGCGUCUUCCCAAGAAGGCUAGGAUCAUGGAUGACGUCACUGCGGUUGACGACACCAUUGAGAGCGUAAGACGAGAAAAUUCUUCGGUGGAACUGUGAAAAACAACUGGAAGAAUUAUACGUUCCAUUCUGGGGAGAUGGCUUUGAACUUCUUCCCAAAAUACUGAUUCGUGUGGGAUUUCAUUAAACAAUACUAUACACACACUUCCUUUGAUUUUUUUUUUCUUUUUUGAAGAACCUGUUCUUAUGAUCAGAGUGAAGUUUGUAAAGAAACAGAUUUUUCAUAUUUAAGAAGAGCACUGUGAUUUUGAUGUUUUGUAGA